UACGUGAGUGUGAAAUUAGUUCUGAUCCAACAUGGCGUUCUCCCGACGACGUGUCGUUUUCUGCGCGUUACUAACUGUUUUCUUACUGACAACGUUCUUUGUGUUGAGGAUGCAUCAGACACAGACAGCGAUAAUGAUUUAUCAGUUGUUCGGAGGGUGAAAAGAGCAUCGCUUGACAACCGUGGUGCAAACGUUCCCCCCAAAAUUCCCAGUGGCAACGACGAUGUUCUUGAUAGACUCCCAAAUAAUCAAAUUCAGGAUGACAGAGAAAAUCGUAGAAAUCCUGGCAUAGGUAACAGUGAUCAAGGUGACACGCCAGUCCGUAAUCGUGGAGAUAAUCCAGAUAUGCGUAUGGGUGGUUUACAAGGCGGAUUACCUACUGCGGAUAGACAACCAGAAGCAAAGCCAAAUGCCCCAGGUGUAAAUAUACCUUCAGAUUUGGGAGGCAUACCACAAAAGCAGCAGUAUGGAAAAAUCAAAUUGUCUGCCACAAAAGAAUGCGGAGCAGACGUACAGAAGUUUUGUAGUGUGGGUGUCAAAGACAACAACUUCGCUAUUCUUGACUGUCUUCAAAAUGAUGAGCGGACAAGUGGUGAGGUGUCAGAAGAUUGCCAGCAUUAUAUCUGGGGAUACAGGCUGCAACUCACAAGAGAUGAUCGAUUUGACUCUGCAGUAGCUGAAGUUUGCAAGGCAGAAUUGAUCAAAAUACAAGACUGCCACGGACUUCCUGCUGGACAGGGGCAAAUUAUUCCAUGCCUCAUUGAACACUAUGAGGAGGUAGACUCCAAAUCAUGCCAAAAUUUCCUCAACAAGAUGGCCACUAUUGUGUUUGCAGACCACCGUCUUAUCUUUCACUUUAUGGAAAACUGUGAAUAUGACAUCAACAAAUUGGGGUGUGGCCGCUUUCCUCGUGGACAGAACGAAGUGGCUGUGCCUGAUAGUUUUCAGAUGCAGUCUCCGCAUUUUCAAGGACAGACUAUUGCAUGCCUGGCCAAGGACAUGGCCAACCUCAAACCCAAAUGCAAGAAACAGGUCUUGCGUGUUUAUGAGCUUCAAUCUGAUGAUUACCAUCUAGAUCGCCCCCUGUACUAUGCUUGCCAGCAUGACCGUGAGAACCUGUGUGCUGAUGUUAAGGCAGGCAAUGGAGCAGUUUUCCAAUGCCUGUACAAUCAUCUUGGAGGAAAAGAUCUGUCACCUGAGUGCCAGGAAAAACUAGAGCUACGCCAGAGAGUGAUGGCAGAGGAUGUGAAAGUUGAGCAUGUCUUUUACACAAGGUGUCGUGCUGAUAUCCAGAAGUAUAGCUGCCUUGGUGGUUCAAACACCGAACCAGAUACCAAACGUGCCCAUGUUUUGCUCUGCCUAGAGAGUGCACACAUGGAUGCCUUGUCAGAAGACAAGGCAGCAACAGGUCUAGCUCCAGAGUGUGUGCAAGAAAUGAUGGCAGUCCGCAAACUGCUAAUGGAUGACUAUCGCAUCAGUCCAGAAUUGAUGGUUCGCUGUGACAAAGAGAUAAGAGAACACUGCUCUGGAUUGGAAGCUGGAGGUAAAAGUCUCCAUUGCCUGAUGGCACUUGCAAAGGAAAGGAAACAUAAAGCCAAAGAGAUUUCUUCCGAGUGCAAAGCUGAGCUUUCAGGGCUUUUGAAAGAAAUCAAUGUUGGAGAGAACUUCAUGUUAGACAGACCUCUACAUCUAGCAUGUUCAAAAGUGGUGGAAACUCUUUGCAAAAAUGUACACCCAGGACAGGGCGCAAUAAUAAACUGCCUAAUGGACAACAUUGAUGAGGAUGAGAUGACCGAUGAAUGUGAGCAGCGCUUACUAGAAAUUCAGUAUUUCAUGGCCAGGGAUUUCAAAUUGGACACUGACUUGUACAAGUCAUGCAAGCGAGAUGCUAAAAAGUUGUGUCAUGAAAGUGGGCACUGGGCAGACACUGAGUCCACAAAUCCUGAGCAGGGUCCUUUGGUACUUGCAUGUUUGCAUCGUCACUACAAGAAUCACAGUAGCAGCCCGGAAACCCCACAACUGUCACGUGUGUGUGUGCAAGCUAUGCAGAGGGUAAUGAGACAGAGGUCACUGGCUGUGAAUCUGAACCCAGAAAUUGAACAUGCCUGUAUGGAUGACCUAGCUGCUCUGUGCUCAGAGGACCCUGAGGAUGUGGCAAAGGGCGCAGAAUUGGAAUGCCUUCAACAGAAUUAUGACAGCCUGAAGGAAGAGUGCAAGGCAGUCAUGAGGAGCUUCCAGGAGGAUGAAGCAGAGGAUAUUCGCAUGGAUCACAUCCUCAUGAAAGCCUGCACUCCAAUGAUAAGGAAGUUUUGUGAGGAUGAACUGGAAGGUAAUGCAGAGCCUGACGAAGUGCUGGAGUGUUUAGUUGAGCACAAGAACCAUGCAGACAUGUCACAGAAGUGCAGGGCUGGCAUUGAACAUCAUCAGCUGAUCUCGAUGAAAGACUUCCGCUUUAAUCGCAAAUUCAAGGAAGCCUGUCAGCGCUCAGUGCAAGAACUCUGCAAAAAGAUGAUUACCAAGUAUGAUGUGGUCAACUGCCUCAGUGAGCAUGUGCGCAAUGACACUUUACUGGACCGUAAACAUCGCGUGGAAGCUGACUGCAGGAGCCAGCUAAAGGUGGAGCUACUUCAGAGGGGUGAGAGCAUAAAACUGGACCCAGAGCUUCAGCAGGCUUGUUCAGAUGAUGUUCAGAAGUACUGCAAUAAUGUCAGUCCUGGAAAUGCUGCUGUUCUGGAGUGCCUUAAGAAAAAUCAGCGUAACCUAAUGCCAGCAUGUCACAAAAUGCUGUUCAAGAGGGAGAAAGAUGAAUUUGCCAUAGCUGACUACACCUUGACUAAAACAUGCAAGAGAAUGAUCAAAAAACAUUGUGAUGAUGCCAGCUCUGAGCCAGAGAUAUUAGACUGCCUAAAACGAGUAAAAGAUGAAGAUGGAUUUGAUGCUUCUUGUCGUGCUGUUGUGAUGAGGCGGUUGAUCACUCAAGCACGAGAUUAUCGACUUAAUCCCAAUUUGUGGAAAGACUGCAUUCAAGACAUCCCCAAGUUUUGUGCUAAGGUGCUUGAGGAAGAAAAAAAUGACGAGGAGCUGGAGGGAAAAGUCAUCAGUUGUCUAAAAAGACAGUUUGCUGUUAAGCGACUUUCAGUCUCAUGUGAGCACCAGAUUCACGAUCGUGUGAAGGCUGCAGCACUCAACAUUGCUUUGGCACCAACACUUAUGAAAUCUUGUAUGAAUGAGAUCCAGCAGCACUGCCAAAAGGAGAUGAUAUCCAACAUGAAUGAUGUAGAGAAAAUGCAAGUGCAAGACUCUGGGCCAGGUCGUGUUCUUGAAUGUUUAAAGGCCAAACUGCACGAAAACCGAAUUACCAAUGAAGCCUGUCGCAAAGAGAUUGUUGAUAUAAUAUCAGAGAGCCACAUUGACAUCAAUGUUGACCCUCUUCUUCAGUCAGCUUGCCAGCGUGAUCUCAUGAAAUUGUGCUCACACAUACCUGUUGGCCAAGGCAGACAAAUGUCUUGCCUCCUGUUAGUCCUUGAUGAAGAACCCCGUUCCAUGACUCUUCAAUGCCGAGAUAUGCUUUCAAAACGCAAAGAGAUGUGGGAAUAUGCUGCUCAGGUUGCACCUCCUGAGACCUUCCAUGAUAUCUACACAUCUGUGGUGACAUCGCCAUCAAAAACCUACUUCAUUUCCAUUUUGCUUGUUGCCAUUGGAAUAAUAUUCAUUGUAGGCUUAUCCUGUGGACGAGUAACAAAAAGAGUGAGAGCAGAAAUGAAAAAUAAGUGAUUGUUUCUCACAGGUUUCGGAGAUUUUGUCGUGUGACUUGUGGAUGGAUGGAUGUGAAAAGUGUGUGUAUUUGGGUGUUUGCAUGCAUGGGUGCAUGCUUGUGUUCCUGCAUACAUGCAUUUUUUUGAGGGUGAUGAUUUCUUUUUUAAUGUAUCUACAUGAAUGUGUGGAGGUGCACUGAUGAGACACCAUACGUGUGAAGAUUAAAUGUCUUGAGGUUUUUCCCUUCUUUUUAAAUUUCAUGUGUGACUUUGGAGAAUAGAUUUAAAGUAAUGCAUUGGAUAUAUUCUUCAGUAUAUAAAUGCUCUAUGGGGGUACUUGGAAUAAAGGUUUAUUUUCCAUCCUCCAGCCCCAUUUUGCUGCAGGUUUAUAUGACAUGUAAAGUAUAAAGCUUGCUUAGAAAGCAACUACAAUUCAGUUAUAUUCACUCAUUGUUUUUCAUUGCUUUUCUUUAAUCCUUAUGUUUAUAUUGGUGGUCUCAUUAUGUUGAUCAUGAAUGAAUGCGAAACAGUUAUGACUUGAUUUUGAACAAAGUUUAGAAUUCUUCGUUUUCUCUCUUCCAUUAUUUUUUGUUAGUUUGUUAUCUAAGUUACCUGGGUACUAAUUUCUGAUUAGGAGUGGCCAGCGAUAAAGAGAUUUAUAAUCAGUGAACAGUUGCCAUUUAUGAGACAAAGUACUAAUUCUCACUUGUCUACCAGUAGAAUUCUUUUGCCCCUCAUGGUGCAUACAUGAAAAAAAAUCAAAUUUUUGAUGAACAAAAUACCUUUAAACAUUGUCAAAUUUUUCUUCUAUAUUUAAAAUUUUUGAAAUUAUGGUAAAUUUUACAGUUCAUUUGGAUAUUUUAAUACAAUGGCCUAAUGAUGCAUCAGUUUGAUGCAGUUGUCUUAAAGAACAACAGGGUGUAAAUAAAUUUAAUAUCUUUCUUCAGAUGAUGAGACUGCUUUUACCAUCCCUUUUAUUAUUGGGAUUUUUUUCUGUCACCUCAUAAAGUGGUUUAUUUGAUGCAUUGGUAUUUUGAUGUAUCAGGAAAAAACAGGAAAAAAAAAACCUUUAACAUAAAGGUAAGUGUUUACGAGCUUUACUUACAAACUUGGGGCUUUGCCUGUUUUGAACUUAAAGAAAAGCAGGGUUAUAUUGUGCAGUUUUUAUAAAAAUUUUUUCAUUUGUCUUUUAUUUCAAACCGUUGAAUUUUGUUUUUGUUUUUUUCUUGCCUUUAAUAUUUACAAUACAGAUGUCCCAAAGGCUUUAGCAUUGUUUAGAAGUUGUCCUCAGGACAUCUUCCACUCCCUCACACCACUCUUGUGAAACUGUUUAUCUGGCUGACAUCCAUGUCCACUUUCACCCAGAAGUAUUAUAAACCAGAUGCUGGUGUACUUAUGACUAUAUUCAAAACUGUAUUAUAUGGAAAUGGUUUAUCAACUGGAACCAUUUCGAAAGUUGUUACUUUAUAUGUUGCAUGGAAGCAAGAGUUUUCAAAGAAUUGUUAAAAUAGUUUGUGCUGUGCUAUAAGAAGUGUUUUUGUAGUCAUUUUAGUAGGACAACCUAAUCACAACAAUGCACAUCUAGUUGUGUUGCAGUCACUGAAUUUGUAUCAGCUAAGACAGCAGCCAUUCACAUCGUCAAAUUUCAAAAAGACCUGGGACCACUAGACUCCGUUUUCCUUAAAACUGUAUUUUAAAGGGGAGACUGCUGUAGGUUGUGCUCUCUACUAGACUUUGAAGUAUAAGACAACUACGCUUGCCACUAAAUAUAAUUUUGAGAUAAGCUAUGGAGCUCAGACACAGUGUGGAGGGGAAUCAUGUCAGAACAGUACAUACAUUGACUUCUUUUCUGUGUUAUGAUGGUUGUAUGAAAAGUGGUGAUUACCAUGGAUCAACAUAAAGUUUUUGUUACAUGCUGUUUUACUAAGCCGUAACUUGUAAAUUUCAAAGUAUGUGACACAUAUUUUUGUUUUGCAUAUGAAAGAAAAACCCUUUGAAGUGAUAUUUUUAAUAAAAAGUGAAAAAUGCUCUGUAGUUUGUUUUUGUUUUCUAAUCGACCCUUGAGCUCUCUUUUUCAGGCUGCUUGUAUAGUUUGUUUAUUUACUUCACCAAUUUUUUUUAGCCUUCUCCACCAAGCAUAGUUUUCUGAUGAUGUUUAUAAUCUGUUCUUAUAACAGGCUGCUGUAAAAUUCAUUUUGUCAUCAGAUGCUAAUGCACAAGUAUGUGUGUGUUUGUGCAUGUAUGUGUACAUGUGGUUAUGCUUAUGCAUGUGUGCAUAUACUCUUGUUUAUAUUUGAUUAGGUGCAUAUGUGCAUACAUAUUCAAACUAACCAGAUAUCACUUUUUUCUUAAGGAGUACUCUUUUUAUUGAAAUAACUGGUGUCUUAAAGUGGGGAUUCUAAAUAUAACUUGCCUUUAUUGAGUUUAACAAGAGAUUGUUAAAAAUAAAAUCUCUCUGAACAUGUUCGAGAAAAGACACUGUUCUUUGAUCAUUGUGGUAAAUUGCAAAGAUGGUUGAGAAUAAUACUGUUUCUUAACUUUGGUAAAUACACCAUACUUGACUGUACGGUGUCCAGAUAAAGCCACUUCUUAGAUUGUUGUCAUCCAUGCAUGAUAUUAAAACCCAUAUCCCAUCUCCUUACAUAAAGAUGUAUGGGAGUCUUAUACACAAGUGUCAUAUUAAGAGUGAAAAUUAUUGCUUUGUCAUAGGUUUAAGCACUUUUUCCACCACAAUGACACUGAGAAUCUUGUGUUGUAUGGAGAUGUGGCAUAGUGAAGCUUCCAGUCUGCUGGCUUGAAACUUUUUUCUUCCAGUGUUAUUGAGUCUUGAAGUUUAGUGCAUUUGAAUUUUGUAAUGAUUUUAACUUAUUUUGUUCUGCUGUUGCAUUGGCUUUGAAAAUUGCUCACAUUUAAUGCUUAUCUGAAAAUUAGUGACCUUUGUGUGGAUUGUGCAGAAUAUUCUUCAAUAAUUUGAAUAUAAUAGAAUCAACAUAGUAGGUUGUCAUUACAUUGUAUAGUCCUGGUUUUUUAGGCAAGUAUUUUGCUUUGCUGACAAUGUCAUAAUAUUUGAUGAGACCAUCUUAUCAACCUGGGUUCUUUAAAUUGUUCUCGUUUUAUACAUUUAGGUAAAAUAUGGAAGAAUUACUAACAAAUUGUUGAAUGAAAAACUGGGCUCUGUAUGUCCUUUCUGCCCAAGAGUUGGUCUUACUCAUUACAGGUGGAAAAGUUGCCGAACAAUUUUUUUUCUUUUUAAAUUAUGAUAUUGUGGACUUUUUUUUGGUACUUAUUAUCUUUUCUACCCAGGAUUUCUAUGGGAGAAGAGGAAUAAGGAACACUGAAAAAUAUCAACAAGAGACAAGCUUGACUAACUGGUUGGUUCAAAUGCAAAUUUACUUGCAUUUAGAAGGAUUAGAACUGAAAGUACCCAGUUAACUGGUAAUAAGGUACAAGAACAAAUAGAUAAAAUACUUCACAUGAAAUGACAGUCAAGCGAUGUACACCCAUUCAAGGAAAUGUUUCUGAUGGAAAGGCAGAUCACAUAGUCCAAGUUUGUUCUCAGAUAGCCAGAGCAAUAAUGAUCUCAGCUUCUGCCCAUUCCUCUGUACUGCCACAGGCUACUCUUCUUUAUCUUAGGCUUGCCUGUUGUGGCAUAAUAUUAUAACUAAUGUUUGUAUCAGAAUUAUGAGGUUGGAGUAAAUGCGAAAAAGAUGAAUAAUUUCCUACGAAAAAGAUAAAUAAUAUUAACACAAUGUGGUCAUCUCAAGAAAGAACAGUAGGAAACUUCAAUUUCUUGAAGGGUUAUUUAAACUGGGUUUUGAAGACACUGGCUUUGUGCUGAAGUAAGCUCAGUGGCAGGAUAUUCUCUCCUUCCCUAAACCACUUUAGAAAAGGUAAGGAAGGUUUGCUUAAAAGUGUGGCUAGAUGUAGGAUUCAAUUGAAACUGAAGCAACAAUAACGCAUAUCAUUUAAAAACAAAAAGUAGCCAAAAGAUGUUAGUUAAAAAUAUAAUAUGACUUAAAAUUGUCAGACACUAAGAAUAGUAUUGGUGCAAUCCUUGGAUCUGUACAAUCAUUUUAUGCAUCUGGUCCUAAAAUAACACCAUGAAUCUAACUUUUUUCAAUCAUACUUUGUAUACCAUGCACUUUGUUUAUAAUUACAGCACCUACUUUAUAAUGUAUUACCUAUUUGAAACUAGAUUUAAGCUAACAAUUUUAAAAGUUUAAAAUGAAUGUUACACCAGACCCAUGCACGUGCAUGAACUGACAUUUGCUAAUGUUCCAUGGAAGCAACAAGAUAUGUAAGAAGUUUGCAUCUUUAUUGUAAUAUGGAACACGUCAUGGGCAUGUAUGUAGGCUGAAGGCUGCAUAAGAAAAGACAUUUUGUUUUAAGCAGAUCUUAAAAAUUGUAGACAGACAUUGCAUGCCAGUGAUUCUUGCUUAAAUUUUGAUCGCACUUUUUUUUGAUUUGGUGACAAGUUUUCUUUUUCAAACUGAACACUUUAUGCUUUGUGUUACUAAAUGUUAUUUUUACGAAUGAGAUCACAUCCUAAUGUGGAAGACUGCAUUAAUGACCAUCUUCAGGAACAACACGGCUUCCAUGUAAUGUUUCAUUGUAAUUAGGCACAGUCGCCCAGUAUGUGCCAAACUAAGGUCAAAGGGUUCAUUUUUAUCUGUGGUGGUGUGUUCCAUAGGUUUAUUUCGUCAAUUUUGUUUUAAACAUCAUCUUGGCACAUAUUGAUGUAUUGACCAUGACGUGUUUAAUCUGAAAUCUGCUUUAAAUUUGGUAGCAAGAUGGGGGAUGAGCAUAACAUAGAGCAAUCAAAAUAAAUUGAAGAAAAUUCAAGUUACUAAAUGAAGAUGUGACAGAAUUUUUUUGGCUGGCGUUAACAAGACGCCUUCUCCAAAAGUGCUUUUAAAUAACAUCUGGUUACUUCCUUUAACACAAAAAAUUUCUGCAGCUUGUACAGGUGGCAAAACUGGAAACUGAACAAAGAAGUAACAUCCUCAUUUUCACCAUUUAAUCAAAGCAACCCGACGGCAUUACUUUUGGAAAGAAAACUUUUUGUUUUAUAUGUUGUUUGUAGCCAAAUAAGUUAGUUUCUGGGAGUAGGGACAUUUGGUUUUUCAUUUUAAUGGUGAAAGUAAUUUACUUUGCUCAACUUGUAAGUGGAUGUGGUUCAUUGCCAGACAGAUGGUGACAGGCCCAGUGGUGGUUUCACAAGAACUAAGGAACUAGCAUUGUCAUGCUGGCAACAUUUGCAUUGAACAAUGGAGAAAUGAACAUGAGAUCAUAUUUUGUAAAUGGUCUCUUUAUGCCUAUCUACAUUUUUUAAAACUGUAUUAACAGUUUUAAUUCAUCAACUAUUUUUUUU